AUGUUGUCGGCUAUUGGAAGUAAACGAAGAGAAAAACAGACUAGUCAAAAAGUAAAUGAGGAUGUAAAUGAUAUGAAAAAUAAAACUGGCGAGGAGUUAAAUGAGAAAAUAAAAGAAAAUGAUGAAGCAUCCGAUACCAAAGCCUACGAAGAAAAGAAAGAGGAAGUUCAAACUCAAAAAAAACGGUCUGUUUUGGAAGACCCUGACAAAUAUCAAAAAUUAAAAAAUGGAGAAAUUCAAGGUGAAGAGAUAGUGGAAAAAGAAAUUAAAAUUAAAGAAUCCAUUAGUCGGCAAGGAGCCGAGAAAAAAGUUAAUUUUUUUAGAAAUGAAGUAGAAAUAGCCUUAAAAUCAGGUAAAAAAGAAAGGAUAGAAAAACUUAAAAUGCAAAUAAUAGAAUUUAUUAAUGCUGAUAAUGUAUUCUAUGAAAGCAAAAAAACCCGCCUCCACCAGCAAGAAAUAUUGAGUAAUUUUUGGAUAGAAACCGAAUUAUUUGUGCCUCUUUUUAUUCUUAUACCCCAGAGAAUAUAUUCGGCAAUUGUCAAUAUUAUUUUAAUUCUAAUUUUUGUUGCCAGUUUCAAAGGCAGUGAUUUUGCCAUUUCUUUCGUUCUAAUCGUGUCGCUAAUUCUGGCCUUUUUGAGUUUUUUUGUUUAUCAAAUUCAAAAGAAAAUCAACCAACAGCAAAAUAAUUUUCGCCAGCAAGAAAACCAAGUCGCAAAAAAAUAUUUAGAAAAUCCUUCCCAGCCCCAACAAGUUGAAAAAUUAAUUAAUCAUAACUUUCAAAAAAAAACAACCAAAUUUGUAGAAGUUGGUCUAAUUGCCGUCAAAGACAUAACUGAUAACUCACUAGAAAUUAGCAAAAUAAAAACCCACUAUCAAUCUUUACAAAAAAUAUUAAGCAAAUUAUCGAAAAGCACAAAAAUUAAAAAAAAUAAUCGCAAAAAUUGGAAUACGCAAGGUUUACCAAAAACUUUAUGUGAAAGAUUUUGUUUUACUUAUGAGGGAGAAUGGAUACAAUUAGAUAUCCCACAUACUAUUAUGAAAGAACUUGAUUUGUCGCUUGGUGAGAAUAUUCCUUAUCCCGUUUAUGUUUCUCCUGACAUGAUAAAAAGAACCCCUAUUUGUGGUGGCAUAACUAUUGAAAAAAAAGAGGAGAUUUUCAUUGCUAAACCUUUUAGUAGAGACCAAGAAUGUCAAACAGAAUUAACCGGAGAAAAAAUUACCAAUCUCAUUAACGAAAAAAAUAAAGUUAGAUUAUUAGCCAACAAGUCCCAAGCCCUCCGUGCUGAAAAAGAGAAAUUAUUAGCAAAAAUUAAAGAAUUACAACAAGACGACAAUUUAAGUCAAAAAACCAUUAUUAAUUUACAAAGUGAAUUAGCCGAAUUAGAGGAAAAAUUAACCGAAGUAGAAAAAUUGAAAAGAGAAAAAGGUCUCAACGGUGAUUUAACUGAUGAACGAGAUAAUUAUCAAACAAAAUGGGAUAGUUCCAUUGAGGAAUUGGAAUUGAAAGAGGAAAUGAUUAGGGGUUAUUUACAACAAUUAAGUCUCAAAAAUUCUCGAAUUGAUGAUUUAGAAAGAGAAAAAGAGGAAUUAAAUGAUGACUUGCAAGGUAAACAAAAUGAGAUGAAUAGAUUAAAAACCGAACUAGACAUAGAAAAAGGUUGGUGGGAUAAGUGGAUAAAUGAUAAUGAUAGAAACGAUUUUGUGGGCUGGAUUAUAAACAAUUUGCUAGACCCAGCCAAAUUCGAGGCAGUUAAUAAAAAGAGAUUAGAAGCGGAGGCUACGGAAAAUUAUGAUUACAAUCAUGCUGAUUAUAAGAGUGAAAAAAAGACACUCCUUUGUAAAAUUGCAAUAGUAAAAGAAUUAGAGAAAAAUCGCAAUAACAACUUAACAACUAUGACACUCGAGCAAAACAAAAAUUAUAUCUUGGCUAAUCUUGACAAAUACGUUAUUGAUAGCAGAGGAUUUUUCUAUCAUAUUGAAAGAGAUUUUUAUGGAGAAUGUGGCUAUAUCGGCCCAAGUGCGGUCAAUGACUACCAAGAAGUAAAAGACAAAUUAAUUGCUAGUAUUUUAAAAGAUAAAA